AUGUCGAAUCUGCAAGUAUGCAAAGAUUUAAGCGAGCGGAGUAAUUUAUAUGAGCCACUGCGAAUGUAUCUAAAACCCAUUGCUCGUCUCAAUAUUAGUAUGCCAUUACCCGUAACGCGUGCACCAGGUCAAACAAUUUCUACGUGGGAAAUAAUGGAAAAAAUUCGUUCAUUAAUUUCACCAGAUGAAUUUAUAUUUUUACGUUUAAUUAAAAGUGCUAGUGAAUUAUAUCGUUUUGAAGGUGAAUUAGAAUCAAAACAAAUAGCACGUAGUUGUCUAAUACGUUUAGAAAAUUCUAUUAUACGUAUAUCAACUGGACAUGAAUUUCGUUUACGUGCAGCCGAAGCUAAAUUACAAUAUCCAAGUCGUACGGAUUGGGAAACAUUUUUUCGUGAAGCAAAAAAUAUGAGUGAAACAAAACCGGGUGAACGAGCAGAUACUGUGCAUAUUGAAGGACUACCAAUUAAAUGGUUUCAAGAAAAACCAAAUCCGAUGGCUGCUGUUCAAGCUGCCGCUCAUGCAAUAGGUAGUGGAAGUCACAUUCAAUCAAUUGAUCAAGAACAAAAUAAAGAUAAUAAACCAUCGUUAGAAAUAUUGAAACAAGUAUUUUCUACAUUUGGUGAAAUUCGGUGCUGUGAUAUACCAUCUCUUGAUCCAUAUCGUUUUGGUAUAGAUGGUCAACGAGUAGUACCACAGGAUACAACAUUUGAUGCAUUUAUCCAAUACAGUGAAUAUAUAAGCUUUGUUAAAGCCAUGGAUGCAUUUCGUAAUAUGAAGUUAAUGCACAUUGAAGAAAAUAACGUAGCCUAUACAGCUGCUGUGAAAGUUGAUUUUGAUCGUACAAGACAUUUAUCUGACCGUAUUAUAAAAAAGCGUCGUAUUGAACAAAUGAAAGCAGUGGAAAUGAUUAAAUUAACACGAGCCGAGGCACAAAGACAAAAAGAUGAAGAAGAGCGGAAAAAAGAGAUUGAAAGACUAAAAAUUGAAUUGCAGGAUGCAGAAGCUGAUGAUUUUCCAGGUGUGAAAGACAUAACAAAAGAUACUAGACGACGUCAACGCGAAGGAAAACGUCGAUUAAAGCGCCUUGAACGUAAACGUUUACAUGAAGAACGUACAUUAUCAAUGAAAAUUGCCAUGGAAGAACGGAAAAUAAUGAUUGCACAAAGAAAAUUGGAAUCAAUGCGUUUAUUGGAAGAAUUAUUUAAUCGUGUAAAAGUACAAAUCGCUCAGGAAGAAUUGAGUAAAAAAGAACGUGAAUUGCAAGACGAACGUUUGAAAUUAAUGGAAAUAGAUGGAAGACAGCAACAAUUACAUCUCUUUCCUUCUCCUAGUCAGUCAUUACCUCAGCCAACAACGAAAGAAUUUCGAAGCAAUAAAGAUGAAAUUGAAGCACAGAUGUACGAAUUACGAAAGGAAUUCUAUCAAAAAGAAGAAACAAUUGAAGAUAUUCUAAGAAAACGGACGAUUCCAGAUCGGAAAGUAUUUUGA